AUGACUUCUAGCUAUGCUGAAACUAAUUUCGAAAACGAAUAUCGGUAUUUUAAAGCCGAUAUUAAUGUCGGUAUUGACGGAGAAGCACAACAAAACUACCACAACAUUAACAACAACAUCAACAUCAACAAAUCCAAUAACAACAACAUUAACAACAACAACAUCAACAACAUCAUCUACAACAUCAUCUACAACAUCAACAACUCCAACAACAACAACUCCAACAUCAACAACAACAUCUACUCCAACAUCAUCAAUAACUCCAACAUCAACAACAUCAACAACAUCAUCAACAACAACAACAACAUCAUCAACAACUCCAACAUCAACAACUACAAAACAACAACAAUGACUCCCGUCGGACAAUUUAUUAAAAAACGCUCUGGGAGCCAACAUUUUUUUAAUGAAAACUUUGAAACGUAA